CGCGUACGUGCGCGUUCUCGUGUGCGCUUUGGAACAAGUGAAGGACGACGAGGCUUCAUCGUGGGCUUCGGGUCGUAACUACCUCUGUAAACAGACCUAACAUUACACUGUUACAUAGUUUAAAAUAAGCCGCCAUGACAAGGAGUGGAAGCGUGUGGCUGUUCGGCGGUAUUAUUGCCGUUCUGUCGUGUUUUUUCCAAGCCGAUGCACGGACAGAUGCACUCAUUAUGACUGAACCAUCUGAGGUCAAUAACAAGACCUCUGCCACUCUCAGCUGCAACCUUACCAACCCCUCUUCUGAAAUCAAAGGCCACUAUUGGACUAGGAAUGGCAAGGUCAUUGAUGCCUCCAAGUCGGACAUUAAAGUUCCCUACACUGAAUACCAAAUUGGUAAGAUUGACUACCAUCAUUCUGGGAUAUAUGCAUGCGUCUUCCAAACGGAACCUCAGGUCAAUGCCACCAUUGAGGUUAAAGCUGCCCCUCAUGUUGCAGCAUACAAACACUCUGAAUACGGAAAUGAGAAUGACAGGGCUGUUCUAGUAUGUGUGGGCAGCGGUUACCCACUGCCUACUGAUUGGAGCUGGUACAAGGUUUCUGAAGAUGGAAAUUCUAAGGCUGCCAUCUCCAAUGGCACAGACGAUAAGUAUGAAAUCAAGAACACCCCCAACAAGACCACUCUGUACAUUAAUAACCUGGAUAUAAGCGGCGACAUGGGCAAAUACCUAUGCCUCGGCAUAAAUGAUCAGGGAUCAGCAGAGGAUGAGAUCCUGUUGCGCGUGCGCAGCCGUCUGGCUGCCCUUUGGCCCUUCCUCGGCAUCGUCGCCGAGGUAAUAAUCCUCGUCACCAUCAUCUUCAUCUACGAGAAGAGGAGAAAGCCUGACGACAUCGCCGACGAUGAGGACUCAGGAUCUGCCCCACUGAAGAGCAACUCUGCCACGAACCACAAAGACAAAAAUGUCCGUCAAAGAAACUCCAACUAAGAUGUAUCCUGAUGACUACUGCCGAAGCGUUGAGUAGCACAUUAUAGUGCGAAUCCCCUGCGAAUCCUUUUGCUCGAGUGUUAAUGUCUUGAUAUUAAGUGGUCUCCUUUUAUUAUCGGUGUUUGUGCUGCCAGCUGAUGUUUAUAAAGUGGUUUUGGGCGAGGGGAUAAGUGCAUGAUCGUAUUCUCGAUAUAGAUGUGUGUGUUUAGCGAAAAUCCCUUGUUGUGGGAAUAAACAGAUUCGAUUUUAUCGUCUUGGGUUCUUUCACCAAUCAUAGUGCACAGAAGUUUCUUAAAACACCAAGCCUAGUACGACGAUUGUUCAGCGACAUGGUAAUUCUAGAUAUAUUGCUUAGGCUAAAUGUGGUUGGAGGUUUUAUUGGCAGGAGCUUUAUAAUUUUUUUUGUGAGACUUAAUGUUCAUGCUCAUUUUUAUCAUCAUAAUCUUUUAGCUGCUUGGUUAACUGUUUUAUUCCUACACAUAAUUGCACUGUUCCAGUUAUUUUGGUGAAACACUAUUUAAUAUCAUAGUUUUGUUUGACUGAGAACUUUCCAUUUAGCAAGACUAACAAUGUGUAUUUUCCACCCGUUCUGACUCUAAUUUACUGAUUUUUUUUUUUCCCUCAUCGUCACACUAACCCUAAAGGACCAAGUGCUGAGGUGUUUCCUUGGCUACUCGGAUAAUUAACUCUAUAUAUUGUUAGCCUAAUUUUUAAAUGUAACACUGAAGAGAAUGACACGAUGAUUCUAUAUUUAGAUGAAGUCUGUGGAAGUGAUGUGAAGGCUUCUUUUUUGUUUUAUGAUACUCUGAUAGAGACUGUUCAGAAGUCAUCCUAAAUACAUUGUGAUGUAUAGUGUCUGGAUGUGUGCUUUUCCAAGAGAUGCUCAAAGACCUUGUUAGAAGUGUAUAAAUUAUUUUGCCUUGGUGUCAUAGGAAAUCUAAUACACUGUAAUCAACUGUAAUGACUUCAACAGUUUAAAUAAACCUAUUUGAUUUUAAAAAA